AUGAAGGUCCCGCUCCAUCUCCGAAGUAAUCGAAGAAUUUGGCCGAUUCUGGUCUUUAGCACGGGCUUUACGGGCAUCAUCAUUUGGGACAUGUACUAUCACACUCCCUACCCUCCUUCUGAAAAUGACUCACCACCGACGCAAUUGGUGUCUCUGGCCGAGGUGGAUGAAGUGACCAAGAGCAAGUCGAAGAUUACACGCAAAUCGCCGAUGCGUCUACGGAUGGAAGCGUUGAUUCGAGAACACCAAAACCGCAUAGUCUUUGCGCUGGAGGACGUUGAUGGCAAGAAGUUCAGACGAGAUGAAUGGAGCCGACCAAACGGCGGAGGAGGCAUCUCUUGUGUCCUCCAGGACGGCAAUGUCUUUGAGAAGGCCGGAGUCAACAUCAGCAUUGUCUACGGCGAGUUACCUCGUUCAGCCAUUGAGAAGAUGCGAGCCGACCACAGAUCUUUUGUCGAUUCAGGGGUCGAGAAGCUGAAUUUCUUUGCGGCAGGCAUUUCUCUGGUGUUGCACCCUCGUAAUCCGAUGGCUCCUACCGUGCAUCUGAAUUACAGAUACUUUGAAACAUCAGACCCCCGGGACCCCGUCAAUGCAACUGGGACAUCACAACAAAAUUGGUGGUUUGGCGGAGGGACCGACCUGACUCCUUGUUACCUAUUUGAAGAAGACGCAAAAUAUUUCCACAAGACUCUCAAGGCCGCCUGUGACAAACACGACAAAGAAUACUAUCCCCAAUUCAAAAAAUGGUGCGACACAUAUUUCAGGAUCCCUCACAGAAAAGAAUGCCGAGGUAUUGGUGGCAUCUUCUUCGACGAUUUGGACGCUUCCAAGCAGCCAAACUCGAGAAACCCUCAAGAAGACAUUUUCCAGUUCGUGGUCACCGGCCUGGACGCGUUCUUACCUUCGUAUCUCCCAAUCAUUAAGAAGAGAAAAGACAUGCCAUAUUCACCUCAGCAUAAAGAAUGGCAGCAGCUUCGACGAGGGCGGUAUGUCGAAUUCAAUCUCCUCAACGACCGGGGAACCAGUUUCGGUCUUCAAACCCCAAGUGCUCGAAUCGAAAGCAUCUUGAUGAGUUUACCAUUGACGGCUCGAUGGGAAUAUAUGAACCCGAUUUGCGGCACUGGCGUUGCCGAAGUUAAAGAUGACCCAGAUCACGAGAAAGAACUGGAGAUGAUGGAAGUACUCAGGCAUCCCAAAGAAUGGGCAUGA